AUGCCCCCCAAGCUCCGGCCUCCGGAGACCCCCCUCCCCGUCCAUUGGCCACUUCUGUACUUCUGCGCCCGGAGAAGCCCCUGGCGCCCCCGACGGGGCGGACGUUGCCCCGCCCGGCCGCCCAGGAUGACGCUCCCGACGGGGCGGCUCCCUCCCGAGCCAGCGCGCCGGAUCCCUCCUCUCCGGGCGGCGCCUGGCCUCGCCUCUCCGCGGAAGCGCCCCGUCGUCGUCGCCCCCCGGAGCAAGGGCGCACCUGGCGCGAUGGACUUCGACCUGGCGGCAGCGCUGGGUCCCGAUCCCCCGAAGCCCGACCCCGUGGCGGAGAUGAAGCCGGGCCCGCGCAGCGGCGACGCGCCUGCCCAGCCGUCGGGGGCGCCUCCUGCGGCCGAGGGCGCAGCAAAGAGCCUCGCGGAAGGCGGGCCCCGAUCCGCAUCCGACUCCAGCAGCAGCUCCUCCUCCUCCUCCAGCGACAGCGACCAGGAGCGCAAGGCAAGAGGCGGGGGCGGGAGGAGCCUAGAAGUGCAGCUGGAGACCAGACCUGGGUCUCCCAUCAUGGCCUCCUGGCUGGCCCUCACCCGCCCAAGCCCCAGCGGAGCCGUCAUGGAUAACGAACUAAAGGACUAA